AUGGAAGUUGAAGACGACGAAAUUGAGUGUAAACCCGCCCUUCCCCUUCCUCCAAACAGCGAGGACCCAAAUAGUGAGUACCAUGACAUCUAUUUGUACUUCAAACAAAAUGAAAAGUAUCGAUCAGAGAGUGAUAAAAACAACACUUUGUUGCAACCCCAUGGAAAUACUUUUGACUUCAUGGAAACCGACUUUAAAAUGAGAAUCCCAUACUGCGGGGAUGAGUUCAAAAUAUCUCCGGAGUUCCGACUCCACCACGUCGAGCAGUUUAGAGUUGAAAAGGAUGAACUAUUCAAAAAGAAAUCAGAGGUGGUGCAGAAGUCCGAGUUUCCGUCGUACAACAAAUUCAAAAACCUCACAGAAGAGCCCGUUGAUGUCAAUUUUUUGUUGGGGUUCCAACAUAUUCAAAUCAUUGAGUUAAUCAAGUUUUGCGUCGAGAAGUGUCGGGCACUGGUGAUGUACUCUGACAACUACUGUGAAUGGAUUUACCGCUUUUUGCUCAUUGCUCAAGAACCUCUCGAUUCCACAAUCUCAUCUUCUCUCAACUCAAUCUUGAAAUACUUUUGCAGGGCUAAGCAGGCAAUCUUCGACAAAGAUGACAAGAGGCUUGAAAAAUACAAUCUCAUUAUUUCAACUAUUGUCGAUUGUUACCGACAGUGUGAUGAAGAUAUAAUGAUUUGA